GUUUUAUUUAGGUUUAAAAAAAAACCCAAUUUUCUGUUUCCUUUUGCUUCGAUCCCUAAUCACGGUGGCGAUGGGUUUGUCUCCCGUCGUCUCAUGAAACUAAACCUGUCGGAUCUCUCCCGUCUCUGAUUUCUUCGGACCCGGGAAUCUUUCGUUGUCCAGACCGGUACCAUGACCCAUAUCCCGAGUACCAACCCGGAUCCGUCUCAGGACCUCGAUGAUCUCCUAUGCUCUGAGCAGCAGCAGCAGCAACGGGAGGUGGAUCUGGCGCCGGUGAGUUUGGGUUAUCCGGGUCGGGUCUUGAGCAGUGAGACCCCGGUGGAGCGAGCUUGGGCUCACUGGACGAAACUGGGUCGACCGAAGUUCAUUGUUGCGCCGAUGGUGGACAACUCGGGCCUGCCGUUUCGGAUGCUCUGUCGGAAGUAUGGAGCUACGGCGGCGUAUACUCCGAUGUUGCACUCGAGGAUCUUCAGCGAGAACGAAAAGUAUCGGAGCCAGGAAUUCACCACCUGCAGUGAGGACAGGCCAUUGUUUGUGCAGUUCUGUGCUAAUGAUCCUGAGACGCUAUUGGAAGCCGCGAGGAGAGUUGAGCCUUACUGCGACUAUGUUGAUAUCAAUUUAGGGUGUCCACAGCGUAUUGCCAGGCGAGGAAACUAUGGUGCAUUCUUGAUGGAUAAUCUUCCGCUCGUGAAAUCACUCGUUGAGAAGUUAGCUCAGAAUCUUCGUGUGCCUGUAUCCUGCAAAAUCCGGAUCUUUCCAAACCUCGAGGACACCCUAAACUAUGCCAAGAUGCUAGAAAACGCUGGCUGCUCGUUACUGGCAGUGCACGGCAGAACAAGAGAUCAGAAAGACGGGAAGAAGGUCCGGGCAGAUUGGGAAGCUAUCAGGGCUGUCAAGAACGCUGUCAAGAUCCCCGUUCUUGCGAAUGGAAAUGUUCGACAUUUGGAAGAUGCCAAGAAGUGCAUUGAAGAGACAGGUGUGGAAGGCAUUCUUUCGGCCGAGACACUUCUGGAGAAUCCUGCCAUGUUUGCAGGGUUUAGAACAGCUGAAUGGGCGUUGUCGGGUGGUGAAGAAAGAUUUGUAGAUGGAGAAUUAGACCAGGGCGGGUUAGCUGUGGAGUACCUGAAGUUGUGUGAGAAGUAUCCAGUUCCAUGGAGAAUGGUUCGGUCUCAUGUCCAUAAGAUGUUGGGAGAUUGGUUCAAGGUUCAUCCGCAGGUGAGGGAUCAGCUUAACGCUCAGAAUAAACUGACAUUUGAGUUCCUCUCCGGUCUGGUGGAUCAGCUGAGAGAGCUCGGAGGAGGACGAGUUCCACUUUACAAGAAGAUAGACACCGAAGAUUCAAGAAUCACUGCAAAUGAAUUGGAGAGUUGAAAUCUUAUAUCAAACGGGAGGUAAAUUUUUUGUUGCCUUGCCUGAUUUCUUUCCUUGAUUUUGAUUUGUCCGAGUUAAGAUUAUUUAGAUUAUUUUAGGAUGGGAAGCUAAUGAAAGAAAGAAAGCAUUCAUCUUCUUGGCAUGAUCUUGUUGUAUCAAAUAUCAAACAGUUUUUUGUUCAAGUAAAAAAAAAAGUUACAGUUUCAUUGCAA